AUGUCGCCCAACACCGGGUAUCUGCCUUGGUUUAAGCUUCGGGAAGACGAAACACAUGACGAAGGCUGGCAUGGCCUGCCCAAUACUAAUGGCAAUCUCACCAAAGCUGAGGUCGUCAUCGUUGGCGGAGGCAUAUCUGGGAUGUGUAUGGCCAUCGAUCUUUUGGUCAACAGGAGGCUUAGGAACAUUGUAAUCCUGGAAAAGGGAGGCGGCUUUGGCGGAACAUGGAGAGACAACAAAUUUCCAGGUUGUUGUUGCGAUGUAUUCAGUGUUCUCUACUCCUAUUCCUUUGCCCAGAAUCCCCAGUGGACUAGACGGUAUCCGGGUCAAGAAGAGAUCCUUGAUUACCUGACCGACGUCGCUCAAGGAUAUGGCCUCUACAAGUAUACUCGAUUCUAUACCACUGUCGAGGCCGCCAACUGGAACGAUAAAAGCCUCAAGUGGGAAACCACAGUGACUGUUGGCGGAGGCAAAGAGUCAGAAUUCACUCCGACCUACAAAAUCAUCAGUGACUUUUUGGUUGCUGCGACAGGCCAACUCAACAACCCAAAAGGUAUUGAUGUCCCCGGGUAUGCAGAUUACAAAGGGAAAAUCAUGCAUUCUGCGAGGUGGGAUUGGAGCUAUGAUUUGAAAGGGAAGCGAAUUGCUAUCAUUGGCACAGGUGCAACCACUGCCCAGAUCGCCCCAGAAGUUGCCAAACUGGCAUCUCAACUCACCAUUUGUCAAAGAACGCCAGCCUGGGUUAUCCCACGUCAUGAUUCCAAAAUCCCCAACUGGAAGCAAGUGAUGUUUACGUAUCUCCCACCAGUACGCUGGCGAGCACGUGCAGAGGCGAUGGACUUCCGAGAGUCAUUUCACUCUGCAGUAACGCAAGCUGAUUCUGCUUAUGCCGACCUCAUGAGGUCUAUGAACUACAAUCUCCUGAGACAACAGCUGCCGGACCGCCCUGAUCUCUGGGACAAACUGUCCCCCAACUACCACCCAGGAUGCAAAAGGACAGUGAUUAGUGAUGACUAUUAUCCCACACUGCUGCGGAAAAAUGUCAAGCUGGAGACAGACAAGAUCGAACAGUUUACGAGUUAUGGAAUAAAGUUUGAAGGGCAUGACUCGGCGGAAAAGUUCGACUUGAUCGUGCUGGCAACGGGGUUCGACACGUUCUCGUUCUUGUCACCCAUCAAGGUCACUGGGCGCAACGGCAAGCCACUGGAAGAGAUCUGGGCCAAAGCCGCAUAUGCCUACAAAGGCAUAACGGUGCCAAGCCUUCCGAACUUUGGAAUGCUGUAUGGCCCAAAUACGAAUCUCUCUCACAACUCUUUGAUCCUCGUUAUCGAGGCCCAGACAAGAUAUAUCUCAGUCCUUGUCAACAGAGUUCUGCAGGCCAGGCGCAAAGGCGAUGGACUAGCAUUGUAUCCAUCAGAAGAGAAAACGUUAAGCUAUUGGCUUCAUCUGCAGAUGGCAUUGCAAAGGACAUCGUUCGCUGACCCCAAUUGCAACAGUUGGUGGAAGCGUGCUGAUGGCAUCAUUACGAACAACUGGGUGGGUACGGCCAUCGAUUACCAGAACAGUUUGGCAACAGUGGAGUGGGCCGAUUAUGUCACGUUCGGAGUAGGAGGGUUCGAGGUUGAGAUGUUUGCCACCAACAAAAAGGUGACCAGGAUCCGAAGGGUCGUGGAGGAGACGAGGCUGAGUAGGGCUUCUUUGGCCGUUCUCCUUGUGGGAGUUGCCGUGUUUAUCGUACAUGGUAUUGCAUGGACCAUGUAA